AUGUAUUUUUUAUAUGAAACCAUUUUUUCUUAUUUGAGAGAGGAAAGUAUGUAGUUAUUGAAAUCUAGAUUAAAAAAGAAUUUUAGUAAAUAAUUUGAUUAAACUACUUUAAUAUUUGAAGAAUUCUAUAAAAUAGAAUAUAUCAUAAGAGUUUUAAAUUUAUAAAUUAUUAAAUUACUAAAACAAAAAUGUCUUUUUUAUGAUCUUUUAAUUAAGGAAAAAGUUUCAUAAAAUCAAAUUUUUGAUUUUUGUUUUAAGAUUACUAUUAAACUAUGUUAAAUUGAAAAUAACAUUAAUCAAAUAUAUUAAAAAAAUCCAUGUAAUAAAUAAUAAUUUUUAAGUUAGCUAUUAGUAUUUUAAAUUUAAAAGUAUUUUAUUAAGCAGAAAUCCUUAGAAAUUAUGCAAAAGCUAACAGAGAACAUUCAAUUAUCUAUGAAUUAGAAUCAUAAUGCAAAUAAACCAGUAUAGUUUUAUUAGCUAAACAAAAUAAAGUAGCAUUUUUGAUUACAAAAUUAGGGAAUUGUUCUUAUAAUGUAAAAAUUGAAAGAGCUUCAAAUAAUGCAAAAUUAUUUUUUUAAACAGAAUUACCUUAAUACAUUGAGUCUCUAAUUCCUUAAGGUAUUAGAGAUUAUCAUGAACAGAAUUUACAUGAUUUCUUUUAAACUGGUUAAUCAUAUAGAUUUAAAUAAAAUGCUCGUUUAUUUAUUCUUUAAAAAAACUACAUUUAAAUUGCAGAAUCGUAUUUAGACUCGUACAAUAGCUUAUCUGAACUAAGGUUUAUUAAUAUAAUUCUAGAACUUAAAGAUAUUAAGGGAUAUAUGAUUUUAAAUAAUUAAUUUCAAAUUGUUGGUAUAAAUAAAAAUCUUUUAAACCUAUUAAAUUUUUCAAAAUCUCAAAUUGAUUACUUUAAACCUGAUGAAAUGUUAUAUGGAUUAAAUGUGAAAAUUUUGAUUCCUUAAUUUCAGAUUUUGAUUGAAGAGAAUAGAUCAGUAUCAUUGAUUGAGUUUUACUUUAUAAAAUAAUGCUACCUAUUUGAUUUAUCAAAGCAUACAAUGGCUGAAAGAUUUACAAAUUUGAAUCUUUUAGAUAGAUAUGAAUCUUAGAUCGAAAUUUAAUCUAAAUACCAUAAUAAUAAAUUAUCGUAUCUAAUAUUAACUUUUGAUUAUAUGAAAAAGAUAAAUGUAACUUCAUUAUUAUCAAAUUUGAUUGAAUGUUCAACAAAAUCUAAUUAAAAGAUUGAAUUAUAACAAAAAUUUUUGGAAGAAAUAAAGAUAGAUUCUCCUUAUGAUUUUGAUGAUUAUAAAGAUCUAGACGUUUAGUUAUUCUAGCCUGAACUUACAUAUCAAUAAUUGAAUUCUCCUUAAGAAAAAUCGUCAACAAACGAAUUAUUAUUUUAAUAAAAAUUUUAUAAUCGUUAUCAUGAUGUCUCUAGAGUAAGUGAUGAUGUUUCAAUAUUUAAGAAGAAUUUCUCGAAAUAAAUAAGCAUGCCAUAAUUUUAUUCAGAUAAUAAAUAAAAAUCAUCUGAUUAAGAUGAGGGAACUCCAUCAGAAAAAAGAGAAAAAUACAACUCUACUUUUUAUGAUAAAGCAGAAUUUAUAGAUAAAAUGGUAUAAAAAAGAAUUAAAAACAUAUUUGUUAAAUUAGCAAUUACUUUUUUAGUGGUUUCAUCAUUAUUAGGAAUAAUAUCAUUAUUGUUAUAAACUUUUCUUAUUGAAAAUAAUUUUAAUAAUUAUAUAACUGAUGUUGGAUAAUUGUCAAUUAAAAAUGAUAUCUUACAACCUAUGUUAAGUUUCUUUAUUUUGAGAUUUAUCAUAUAUGACAAAACUAAUCUAUUGAGUUUGAAUUUAAUAACUAAUGAUUAGUAUAUGAAUGAAACUGAUUUUGCAAAAUAAUAUUUAAAAAAAGAAUUUGAUCUUUUUCAUACUUAAAUACAAGAAUUAUUUGAAUCUAAACUUUUACAAGAUUUAUUAUUUGAUAGGUAUUAUUAAGUAAUUUAUUUAUAAGAUGAUUAUACUUAUUAUUAUGAAAAUUUUAGUGCUAGAACUUUCUUUAUAAAAUAUUUUGAUUAUCAGUAAUUAAUAUAUGGAGUUUAUUCUAAUAAUGAACUUCCUAAAAUUACUACUCCAGUUACAUUUUAAAUACUAAAUUAAAAAUUAUUAUUUGAUAUUUGUUCAUAUUUGAGUGAUUAAGUUUAUAAUAAUACAAUAUCUAGAAAUUCCAAAUAAAUCAAUGAUCAAAUUAUAAUAAUUGCUUGUUUUUUAAGUGUUAAUUUUAUUUGCCUAUUGCUCUCCAAUUACUAUUAUAGAAAAUUUGCAAAUUAGAGACAAAUUUUUGGCAGUAUGAUGUUCAAUAUUGAAAAAAGUGCCUUGGAGUCUGAAUUGGAAUAUUCAGAUUAUUUAAUUAGCUAGAUUGGAAAUCAUAACAUUACUUAAUUUUAUACUUUUAAUUAAAAACAGAAGGAACGUGAAAUUUAUUCCUUAAACAAAUAGUCAAAAACCAAUUAAUCAAGUUACUAAAAAUUAAUUUACAAAAAAGCCAAAAUUGACACUUCUAAAUUUUUGAUAUUCAUCUAUACUAUGUUUAUUGGAUUUUUAACUGUAAAUUUAUCUAACACAUUAAUUCUAUCUGAAUUUAUAAAGAAAUAUAAACCUACAGCUACUAUGCAUAAAAAUACUUCUGAUUUAUGUUUAAAUGUAGCAUUAAUUUAUAGUGAAAAAGAAUAACUUAACAAUCAAGUUUUCUUUCCAUAUUUAUAAGACUCAGAUUUUUAAACUAUGGUUGAUCAGUUGAAUCAAUCAUCUGCAUAAAUUAAAUAAUAUUAAUAAGAAUUAAUGAAUAUAAAUCUUGCUAAUUUGCUAUUUCGUUCUGAUUUUGUAUCUUACUUUCUAGAUUAAGAAACCCAAGAUUUGUGUUAACUUAUUAAUGCAGUAUAUAAUUAUAUUAUAUUAGUAAAAUAAUCAAAAUAUUCAACAAAUUUGUGUAAAUUCAUUUGAAGGGUCCUUUUUAUUAGGAAUUUAAGCUGUAUUAAAUCAUGUGUCUAAAAUAAUUACAUAAGAACUGAUUGCUUAAGAAUUUUCUUAGCGCAAACCUAUUAAUAUAUUAGAAGUAGAAGGGGCUUAUUUAUUUGUAGAAUACUUAUAAACAGCUUCUAAAAGGGCAAUGACUGAUUUUUCUGAGUAAGUCUUAAAAUAAAAAUCUAUUUUGGAAGUAUUUUUUAGUAUAAUAUAGAAAAUACUUGUUUCAUCAAUUUCGUUUACAUUAAUUUUAGUCGCAAUUAUUAUGAUUGCUUUAGAAACCAAUUUAAAAUUGAAACUAAAAUAUGCUGUUAAAUUCAUCCACUUAAUACCAAGAGAGGUUUUGUUUUUGGAUGAAGCUUUUGAAAGAAAAGUUAGAAUGGUUAUCCUGAAAGAUCCAAAUAUAUGA